CUUGCAUACGCCGCUUUUACAUGAGGCGAGCCCCCUAGUGAUUUCAAUAGUUACGUCGCAUUUCCGCCGGAGUAGCUGGGAAAGAAUCAGACCCAGUAUGUGGACGGAGCCGAGCGGGCGUUUGCUGGAGCGUGUGUGUAAACCCUCCCCCGCGUGUGCGGGCGGCACUGACCGAGCGCGUUCUGGAGUCUCCGUCGGGGGCAGGGCCGGUGGGGAGUUCCACGGGGGAAUCAGUUACCAAUCCAUGAGAGGAAAAUUAAACCCGGUUCCUGUCAGGUGAGGCCUGAGGUUAGGGUUGCCACCUCUGAGGUACAAAAAUCCAGGACAUCUGGGAUGAUCCUGAGCCAAUAAAACUGGACAGCUUGCAGAGUGUACUGAGCACCUUACAGUUUUCCCAGGACCACUACCUCAAAAAAGGGACAAUCGUUGGAAAACCUGGACAGGUGGCAAACUUACCUAAGGAAUUGAUGCACUUACAAUUGCCGGGUCAUUAUGCUGCUCCACCUGUGUAGUGUUAAGAAUCUGUACCAAAACAGGUUCCUAGGCCUGGCUGCCAUGGCGUCUCCAUCUAGGAAUUCACAGAACCGGCGCCGGUGUAAAGAACCUCUCAGAUACAGCUAUAACCCUGACCAGUUUAAUAACAUGGACCUCAGGAACAAUGCUCAUGAGACAGUAACCAUUCCACGAUCCACCAGUGAUACUGACCUGGUCACUUCAGACAGCCGGUCUACUCUCAUGGUCAGCAGCUCAUAUUACUCCAUUGGACAUUCACAAGACCUAGUUAUCUAUUGGGAUAUAAAGGAAGAAGUGGAUGCAGGGGACUGGAUCGGCAUGUAUCUCAUUGAUGAAGUCUUGUCUGAAAACUUUCUGGACUACAAAAACCGUGGGGUCAAUGGCUCUCAUCGUGGUCAGAUUAUCUGGAAGAUUGAUGCCAACUCUUACUUCGUAGAGUCUGAAACAAAGAUCUGCUUCAAAUACUACCAUGGAGUGAGUGGAGCACUACGAGCUACGACCCCCAGUGUCACAGUGAAAAACAGUUCUGCUCCCAUUUUUAAAAGCAUCGUCAAUGAAGAUCCAGUCCAGGGUCAAGGAAGUCGGAGACUGAUCAGUUUUUCACUGUCAGAUUUCCAGGCUUUGGGUCUGAAAAAAGGAAUGUUCUUUAACCCAGACCCAUACCUGAAGAUUUCCAUUCAGCCUGGAAAGCACAGCAUCUUCCCAGCACUUCCUCACCAUGGACAAGAGAAGAGAUCCAAGAUCACAUGUAAUACUGUGAACCCUAUCUGGCAAGGAGAGCACUUCAGCUUUGUUUCCCUUCCCACGGAUGUUCUGGAAAUAGAAGUUAAGGACAAGUUUGCAAAGAGCCGGCCAAUCAUUAAACGCUUCUUGGGGAAACUUUCCAUGCCAGUGCAACGCCUGCUGGAGAGACACGCAAUAGGGGACAGGGUUGUCAGCUACACUCUGGGACGUAGGCUUCCAACAGAUCAUGUCAGCGGCCAGCUGCAGUUUCGGUUUGAGAUAACUUCUUCUAUCCAUCCAGAUGAUGAAGAGGUCUCCAUUAGUGCAGAUCCUGAGUCAGCUGAACUGCAGGAAAGCCCUGUGAACUGCACCGCAGAGGAAAUCCUGGGUGAGCCUCCCUGCACCGGCACAGUGACCUCACAAAGUACAUCUCCAGAGCAGCUAAAUGGAUGUCAUGUGAAAAGUGUCAAUGUUGAUAUCCCUGGGGAAGUCAAACAGAACAGCUUAAAUGAAGAGCUAGCAGGAAAUAGGGAGGUUGGUGUAGUGCCAGCAGAUGCUACUGCGUCCUUGGAAUCCAUCCCUGGGGAAGUGCUGCCUUCCCUGAGUGCUCUGGAACUCUCUGAGCAGCUGGCUCUGCUGGUUUGCACACCUCCUCCAGAGAUUGACUUUAGGGAAAAUAAUAAAGUCAAUUCUGUUACUCAGGGACACGAGGACAUCUUCACCCGCAUGGAAGCACUAGAUACCGAUGAGGUGAGUGCAGACAUACAGACUGUCAAGUACUUGGAGAAAAUUCAGGAUGAGGAAGGCGCUUCAGCCCAGGAAGAGGAAGACAACAAGCUGCAGCUAAGAAUGUCAGGGAAAAGGAAAAACAGGCCCUGCUCCUUGCCUGUGUCUGAGCUGGAGACGGUGAUUGCAUCAGCCUGUGGUGAGCCUGAGACCCCUCGAACGCACUACAUUCGGAUCCACAAUCUGCUUCACAGCUUGCCCUCAGCACAGAUGAGUAGUGAUGGAGAGGAGGAGCCGGGAGGCGGCGAGAAUGACGAAGAGUCAACGGUCAAGGAAGUGUCAGAGAAGGAUGUGGUUAGCGAGUCUGAGACGCUAGCGGCAGAUCCUCCCCCUGAAAGCGGAACUGAUGAGUAUUUCAGCCGGGGGACUGUGCCCCGCAGCACCUCAGUUGAACACCUCUCAGACUUAAAUGGGCAGCUGUUGGAUGGAGAACAUCCAACGGCUGGAAGUGAGAGUGAAUCAAGUUCCAGGCCAUACGGGGACAAUGAGUGUGACACCUCUUGCUACAGCCCAUCCUGCUACAGCACCUCCUGCUACAGUACGUCCUGCUACAGCACCUCCUGCUAUAGCCCCUCCUGUUAUGACAGUAACAAUCGCUUUUCCAGCCAUACCCGUUUCUCCUCUGUUGACAGUGCAAAGAUUUCUGAGAGCACAGUCUUUUCCUCACAGGAUGAUGAGGAAGAGGAAAACAGUGCCUUUGAGUCAGUGCCAGAUUCAGUGCAAAGCCCUGAACUGGACAGGGAACAAGUGGAUGUCUCCGCCCAGUGGCCAGAUGAACUCAUAGCUCAUGGUGGGAAUUCACAAAGAGCAACAGAGAUCCUAGAAUCCCCAGUAGCAGGUCCAAGCAACAGAAGAGAAGGUGAUUGUCCUUUACUCCAUAAUUCUCAGCCAGUCAGCCAGCUUCCUUCCCUGAGGCCUGACCAUCAUCACUAUCCAACUAUUGAUGAGCCUCUUCCACCAAACUGGGAGGCUCGGAUAGACAGCCAUGGAAGGGUAUUUUAUGUGGAUCACGUGAAUCGAACCACAACAUGGCAGCGUCCUACAGCAGCAGCCACUCCAGAUGGAAUACGCAGAUCUGGUUCAAUCCAACAAAUGGAGCAGCUCAAUCGGCGGUAUCAAAAUAUUCAGCGGACUAUUGCAACAGAGAGGCCAGAGGAUGAUGCUGUUGUGAACAACAGAGUUGAGAGGCUCUCCACUGGAGGAGGAAGUGACUCUGAGACAGACUCUUCCCAGCCAAACUCAGAAAUUAGGCGAGAAGGGUCCCUUUCUCCAGUGAAUUCUCAAAAAAUCACCUUGCUGCUACAGUCUCCAGCUGUAAAGUUUAUCACAAACCCUGAAUUCUUCACCGUGCUGCAUGCAAACUAUAGUGCCUAUCGAGUCUUCACCAACAGCACCUGCUUGAAGCACAUGAUUCUAAAGAUCCGCAGAGAUGCUCGGAAUUUUGAGCGCUAUCAGCACAAUAGGGACCUGGUAAAUUUUAUCAAUAUGUUUGCUGACACCCGACUGGAACUUCCACGGGGCUGGGAGAUCAAAACAGACCAACAGGGCAAGUCCUUCUUUGUGGACCACAACAGCCGUGCUACCACUUUUAUCGAUCCUAGGAUCCCACUUCAAAAUGGCCGUCUCCCUAAUCAUCUGACUCACAGGCAGCAUCUCCAGAGACUUCGCAGCUACAGUGCUGGAGAGGCAUCAGAAGUCUCCCGGAAUAGAGGCAUAUCUCUGUUGACCAGACCAGGCAACAGCCUAGUAACAGCUAUUCGAAACCAGCACCAUCAUGAGUCAUUACCUCUAGCUUACAAUGACAAGAUUGUCGCAUUUCUACGCCAACCAAACAUUUUUGAGAUGCUGCAAGAGCGUCAGCCAAGCCUGGCCAGGAACCAUGCACUCAGGGAGAAGAUCCAUUACAUUCGGACAGAGGGUACACAUGGGCUUGAAAAGCUGUCCUGUGAUGCAGAUUUAGUAAUUCUAUUGAGCCUCUUUGAGGAGGAUAUUAUGUCCUACAUACCCCUGCAGGCUGCCUUCCACCCUGGCUAUAGCUUCUCUCCUCGCUGUUCACCCUGCUCCUCACCUCAGAAUUCUCCAGGAUUACAGCGAGCUAGUGCACGAGCGCCCUCUCCAUAUAGGAGAGACUUUGAAGCCAAGCUACGCAAUUUCUAUCGAAAACUUGAAGCCAAAGGAUAUGGACAAGGUCCAGGUAAAAUUAAGUUAAUUAUACGGCGUGACCACUUGUUGGAAGGCACCUUCAAUCAGGUGAUGGCUUAUUCACGCAAGGAGCUUCAGCGGAACAAACUCUAUGUCACAUUCGUUGGAGAGGAAGGCUUGGACUACAGCGGUCCCUCCCGAGAGUUCUUCUUCCUUCUGUCUCAGGAGCUCUUCAAUCCUUACUAUGGCUUGUUUGAGUAUUCAGCCAACGACACUUACACUGUACAGAUCAGCCCCAUGUCUGCGUUUGUGGAAAACCACCUUGAAUGGUUCAGGUUCAGCGGUCGUAUCCUUGGCCUUGCUCUCAUUCAUCAGUACCUUCUUGAUGCUUUCUUCACAAGGCCGUUCUAUAAAGCACUACUGAGGCUGCCGUGUGAUUUAAGUGACCUGGAGUACCUGGAUGAGGAGUUUCACCAGAGUUUACAGUGGAUGAAGGAUAACAACAUCACUGAUAUCCUGGAUCUCACAUUCACCGUGAACGAGGAGGUGUUUGGACAGGUGACAGAAAGGGAGCUGAAAUCAGGGGGUUCAAAUACACAGGUGACAGAAAAGAACAAGAAGGAGUACAUUGAGAGAAUGGUGAAGUGGCGUGUGGAACGAGGAGUGGUUCAGCAAACAGAGGCUCUAGUCCGUGGCUUCUAUGAAGUUGUAGACUCCAGGCUUGUCUCCAUUUUUGAUGCCAGAGAGCUAGAGUUGGUGAUUGCAGGUACAGCAGAAAUAGACCUCAAUGACUGGCGUAACAACACAGAAUAUCGUGGAGGUUACCAUGAUGGGCAUAUUGUCAUACGGUGGUUCUGGGCAGCAGUGGAGAGAUUUAACAAUGAACAGAGACUACGGUUACUGCAGUUUGUCACUGGAACAUCUAGUGUACCAUAUGAGGGUUUUGCAGCCCUUCGAGGGAGCAAUGGGUUACGGCGUUUCUGUAUAGAAAAAUGGGGGAAAAUAACAUCUCUUCCUAGGGCGCACACAUGUUUCAACCGCUUGGAUCUCCCGCCCUACCCAUCUUAUUCUAUGCUGUAUGAAAAGCUGUUGACAGCUGUUGAAGAAACUAGCACCUUUGGACUUGAGUGAGGGAAUUCAGGUAUUUCUGGUAUUUUCCUGGAUGAAGAUGUCACUUUCUUUCCCCACCGUCGUAUGAUCUUGGUUUUCCAUGUUUUUAUUUUUGAAAAACAAAAAUCAGGAUUGACAAAAGCUGUGCAUGAAGAUCUGCCUCCCUCUAAGAACUAACCUUCAUGCUUUCAUCCUCAGUUUCCAAUGGACUGCUAGCCUGUAUGCAAUAGAAAAACAAUUGUCUCAAGGUUUCUGUAUAUCUCCACAUACCUCCAUUAAUAAUAAUGAAAAUAUGAAUGCAAGUUAUGUUACACUUGACCAAAUGUUGAUAAAUGUUUACUUCCACCUACAUUGAUUAAAAAAUAAAUAACCUCGUCAACCAUUCCAAGCUUCUAUAUGCCUGUGUCUUCUAAACAAAUCCACAGUUCAUCUUUCUUCUUACCAGUUGUAUUCAGUCCUGGGAGGUGGUCAAGCAUUUAUUUCAUCCAUCUGUGUUUUUACUGUACAUAUCGUCCAUCAUAGAGAUACCUAUGAACAAAACUGAAAUUUUUAUAUAUGGACUCAAGAUCCACAUCAACCACAUCAGCUGGAACCAGCCCAGACAUAUGGUGCGAAUAAGACAUUAAAAAAAAACCUGUAAUGCAAUGCAAAGUAUUUUAGCGAUUGCUAUGGAUAGUAACUUGCCAGUACUGGAAAGAACUUUCACUUCAGACAUAUUGGGAAAGGCCUCUCUAUUGUAAUGUUUACCACACAAGAAGCACAAAUUUGUGCACAUUCAAGAAGGAUGUCUCAUGUAGCAAAAAGGACAAGGAUCCUUUGCCUAAAUAUUGUACAUGACAAAGAAAAGGGGACUAAGAAAUGUUCUACUCUUGUUAAUAUCUUUGGGUUCUGUUUACUGAUUCUUUGUUAACUGGUGUUUAAAACACUCCCUUACAAAUGAGAAGUAUAGACAAUCCCAUUCCCUAUAUCAGAAGCCAUUGAUUUCUUGUCAGGCAGGGUUAACUUCUGGUUGUUAUUGGGGAGGGUUGGUUUUUUUUGUUUGUUUUGUUUUUCCCUUUCCUUUAUUGUCAAAUGCAAACCUCCAGAAUCUCAGAACUGGUUGUGCACAGGCAAAGUUCUACUAAAUCUGAAGCUGCAGUGAGAUUUGUAGCAAUUCUUGGAGUGAAAUCUGCAUGCCUCAUUGGGUACCACUGAAUUAAAGGUCCAGCUCUUUUCUGGUACCUAGUUGAGGCAUCAAAUUCUUUAAUUUUGCGUCCUUCACCUUCCAGAUCCAAAGCCAGAAAAGGCAAGGCACCCAGUUGCAUGCUUUUUUGUUAUGGGUAUUGCUGAGGCCAUUAUAAUCAAGCCCACAACACUGGUUGGCUCCUACAUUUAACCUUUGCUGACCUCAUUUUCCAAAACUAACUGUGGAUUGAAAGUGUUUGUCUUAACUGGGAAAAUAGGAAGUAGUGCUUUAUUUCUAAGUACUCUAGUGUAAAAGAAUACACAUAACCAAACAUAAGUGAAAUACAGAGGAUAAUUGAUAUGAGCAAUAGCUCAAAUGAAAUAGAUGGCAGUCAGAUACCACACCCAUCUGUGCCUCUGUUACUAUACUCAUUGUGUUGUUAUGCUUCAGAAAACUGUCAAGUUCAUAGACUAAUUCAACCGUCAACACAUUCUGUUCUUAUAAAUCUACCCUUCAAAGAAUAUAGUCAGGCCCAGCCUUUCCAUGAGUUUUUACUGACUAUCAUAUUUACUAUUAAUACAUUAAUGUGUUUUCUAAUCAUUUUGAAUGAUUUUCUUCUUUAUUUGCAAGUUAGUGCUGUACUUAUCUUAAGAGUGACAGGUAAUGUGCUUCGAAGCAGAAAUACUAUAUUUUGGUGUAAUCAACAUAUUAAUUUUUAAGUGCUCCAUUAAUUCUACUUCACUAAUAUUUGAUGGCCACUUAAUAGUAUUUUAUUGGGUGUUUCAUUUAAUGUUAGUUAGUUAGUUAGUUAGUUAGUUAGUUAGUUAGUUAGUUAGUUAUUUGAUGAUAGUCAUUGAGGACCCAACUAUAGAUCAGGAUGUUUUGUGUUGGGCCCUGUACACUUGUGUAAAAACACAGUGCCUGUCCCAAAGAGCUCUUCAUUACAUAGUCAUAUACUGUGGAUGUUAGUUUUGAGAAUAAUUAUGUAACCUGUUUCUUUAUGCAUCUGUACCAUCAGGAUGAAUUAUGUGAGAGUGCGUUAUUCCAGGAUUUUCACAAAAGCUCUGACUCUCAUGCUGCAGUGUCCUCAGCAACCUCGACCCUAUUCAAAGGGAGCAUCUCAUAGUUUGGGUCCCAAAGGCCAAGAUUCCUGUUUUAUCCCUGAUAGAAUCAUUACAAAAUGGCAUAUGUUCUGUUUAACACUGAUACAGGAAAACAAUCAAAGACAGAUAUCCAGCUAGUUGGUCCAAGGUUCACCAAAGAAAACUGUACAUCAAGAGCUGUCUCACUAAUAUAAAGCGGGAGGGUAAAAUUGCAGUCUUUAGAUAACUGUAUAGUUAGAAUUUUUUAAAUAUUUCAAAGCUGUAUUUUAUUAAAAAAACUAUUUUUUGUAUCAUAAUGAAAGAUAUUUGUAUUUGCACAGACAGCGUAUAACUUCAGACUGAAACAAGAAACUGCUUCUGAAGUUUUUCUUCAGAUCAGGUUUGAUAUGGGCCAUAUGCUAAGGUUAGAAUAGGUUGUUGGCAUCCUCAUACUUGGCAGUUAUCAUGUCAAGCAACUUGGUAUUGCAGAUUAAGAAAAUAUAUGGCAUGAUCAUCUCUUUUUUUUCUACAAGUAUCACAAUCUCUGGCAAAAAAAACUCCAGGAAGUGCACAGCAUGGAAAUAUUAAAAUAAAAAAGCUGUUUUCUCAGAUGAUUCUGAUGGAAUCAAAAUGGAAAUACUCUGCAUAUUCAUGCAUCAAAAAUAAUAGUGAGGGAAAUCAAAUGACUCUCUUUCUGCAUGUCCUCGUAACCCUUUUACAGAUGCUCUUGCUAGAUUUGUCACCAAAACAUUGAAACUGUGGAAAAGAAAACACUAUACUUUCCCUUUUUUCCCUUCAGAAUCUUCAGCUGAUGCUAUCCUUUUAAUUCCCAUCUCUUGAUAAAGUCCUACUCAAGUAAAUUUCACAUAUUCAUGUCUUUGGAAUAUCAUUUUUAUGAUGGUUUGCAUAGUUAACAUCUCACAACAGGAACACUUAUUCAUUCUAUCUUUUCCAUUUAUUGAUCUUUAAAAACACACACAGACACACACAAGAGGAACUGUUUUCCCAUGUUCUUCAAUUCAAAUUCCAUUACUUAUCUUUAUAUGAGAGAAUUCUGCUCUCUCGUAGGUCUGCAUAUGCAUCAUAAUCAUUUUGAUUAUUCAUGAGACUCAUUUAUUCUCAGCCCUUUCUCGGGAAGAAAUAGAGGGUUUUCGACAGGAAGACUGUUGUGAAGCAUAUUAAAGAUGUACAGAACAAUCAUAACACAUUCAAUUUCCUUCAUCCUAAUUCCCUUCUUAAAACAUUGUGUUCUGACAUUAAGAUAGACAAGAUAUCAGUAUUGAUAGACAGAUUCUAGGCUUUAAGAAGAAAACAAUACAAAAACUGUGUUGUAAAGAC